AUGUUUGAUUAUAAACCACAUUACAUCAACAUACUUCCUCAUUUUAAUGGAAGGUCUAACGACGAACCGUACACACAUUUGGCGGAGUUUUCUUCCAUUUGCAACACUAUUGGGGGGUAUAACUUCGCACUAGAGGAGGUCAAACUUCGCUUGUUCCAAUUUUCAUUGAAAGACAAAGCGAAGCAAUGGUUCCUUACACUUCCGGCCAAUAGCAUUCGCACAUGGGGAGAAAUGCAACAAGCUUUUCUGGAUGAGUAUUAUUCAAUGGCAAAGACCGACGAUGCUCAUGAUGAAAUUAGGUCUUUUCGCCAAUUUUCGGGCGAACCGUUGCAUGAAGCCUUCACAAGAUUUAGGGAGUUGAUGCGAAAGUGCCCACAUCAUCAAAUAGAAAAGUGGGAAUUGGUCAAAUUCUUUGUACGGGGUUUGGACGACAACACAUGGAACCGACUUGAAUCAACGAGCAAUGGGACCCUUCUAAGCAACCAUGAAGAUGAUGAUUGGGAGUUUUUGGAGCGGAUGAGCAAACGGUCAAAGGAAAAGGAAUCGGGCGACCGAGCCAAAAAGCACCCUACCUCAAGGUCAUGGCCCGAUCGUGAUGCAAGUUCUAAGGAUCGGAUUGAUAUGUUGGAGCGGGAAUUGGCCCGCAUGAAGAAGAAGGAAGUGGGUGCGGUACAAUAUAGCGUAUGUGAAGAAUGUGGUGACAUCGGUCACCGGACCGAGAAUUGUCAAGCCACCGUGGAGGUGAAUCAAGUGUAUGGGGACCGAAGGCAAUAUGAUAUGAACUCUAACACUUACCACCCCGGGUUGAGGAACCAUCCUAACUUUAGGUAUGGUAAUGCCUCUAACCAAAUGAAUCCGAAUUUCCAAUCUGGAAGUCAAGGCGGGUAUUCGCACCAAACUCGCCAAAGAGGUUACAACCAAGAUGGUCACAGGUUGACGAAUAAUCAAGGAGGUGGUGGUGAUUUGAAUGCAAAGAUGGAUGCAAUGUUUUCGAUGAUGCAAGAGUCCAAGAAAGAGAAUGAAAUUCGGGACAAAUCGCAUGAAGCAUUAGCAAAACAAGUGGGCAAACUUGCGGAGGAAAUGGCACAAAUGAGGGGGAGCAUGGGAAAGCUCCCAAGUGACACCACGGUGAACCCUAAGCAUCAAAGUUCAAGCACGGGCAAUGUGAGGAAUGUGCACAUUAGCGCGGUAAGUCUUCUUUCAAAUGAUGAGGUUUGUAGUAGUGUUGAAAGCAUUCCACCACAAUGCGUUGAUGGUGUAGUGGGAAAUACAAGAGAUGAGUUGGAAAUUAAACCGAUUAAUGCAUCAAAAGUUGAGGAACGGUACCCACCGAAGGAUGAGAGGUGGGAAAAUUUUAAACAAGCAAAAAUUAAUUUACCGUUACUCGAUGACAUUAAAAAGGUUCCGGCUCAUGUGGAAUGCUUAAAGGAGUUAAGCAUCGAAAAACGGCACAACAAAUUACCCGGACCGGUUGAUUUGAUAUCACAUGUUAGUGCCGUUCUAUCGAGUGCCAUUCCUCAAAAAGCUCAAGAUCCGGGAGAUCCUCUUAUUCCAAUUCAAAUUGGAACCUUCAAAAUUGAGAGGGCGCUCCUCGAUCUUGGAGCUUGUGUGAGCAUUUUACCCAAGAGUUUGUAUGACCAAUACGAUUUUGGUCCAUUAAAAAAUUUGAUACUCCCAUGGUUUGGAGAAACAAAGAAGAAGACGGUCAAGAAAAAGAAGGCGAAGAAGUCACCUCUAGAAAAGAAGAAGGAAGAGGAGGUGAGGAAGUUUGGACCGUUUGGCAACAAAUGGUAUGAAUCACCGGUGGAUGAUUUCGAGGAGUUCGUAGGUGGUAAGCACGCCAUUCGACCACCAUGA